CCCCGGGGCCCGUGUGCCCUUGGGCAGGCGCGGGGGAGCGCUUCCCCUUUAAGAGGCCGAGGGUCUCCGGGCUGGCCCGCGGGGCUGGGCCGUAGGAAGUGGCCCGGGUAGGCCUCACAGCGCACGUGGUCGGCCAUGGAGCUGGGCGCCGACUGCUUUGAGCAGAAGCUGCCAAUGCUGGAGGAGCUCAUUCUGGCCUCGGACUUUCUGGGUUUGGACAUAGAAUUUACAGGCUUGAGGUCCAUCUACCCAAAAGGCCAGCAAACCAGUCUCUUUGACUCACCAGCAGAGUGGUAUCUAAAGACCCGGAGGAGCAUUCAGCAGUUUACAGUGUGUCAGAUUGGAUUGUCAAUGUUUUCAAAUAUGGGAAGAAAGUCAAAUAAGUAUUUAGCCCAUUCAUAUAACUUCUUCCUCUUCCCUACCACACUUGGAAUUAUGGAUUCAGAGUUCUCCUUCCAGGCCUCUAGUAUUCUGUUUUUGAAUCAGUACGGUUUUGAUUAUAAUAAGUUCCUCAAAAAUGGGAUUCCAUAUAUGAAUGAAGAACAAGAAAAGAAAAUUAAGCAAGAUCUUCUAACAGGGAAUUGGAAAGUUCGUAGUACACUGGACAAAGACCAAAUGAAGGUGGUGAUUGAUGAGGUAACUCGGUGGUUGGAGAUGGCACAAGAAGGAGAUUGGAUGACACUUCCUGAUAUAACUGGGUUCCAGGCUUUUGAGGUACAGUUGGUACUGAGGCAGGCUCUCCCCACAGUUUGGACCUUGAUGAAAGACAAAGGGGUGUUAGUGAAGAAAGUGAGCAGGCAAUACCGAUGGUGUCUAGAGAAUUCCUCUCGUGACCAUGAUGACUGCAGGAGGGAGAAGAUUCUCCUAUCUGCCCGAGGUUUUGCCGUCUUUUUCCAGAUGCUGGUAAAAGCCAAGAAGCCUUUGGUGGGACAUAACAUGAUGAUGGAUCUUUUGCACCUUCAUGAGAAGUUCUACAGACCUCUCCCAGAAUCCUAUGAACAAUUUAAGCUGAACAUCCAUGGCUUGUUUCCUGUCCUCAUAGAUACUAAGAAUGUGACAAAAGAGAUUUGGAAGGAACUAAGUUUCCCGAGAGCUUCAAAUCUUUUGGAGGUUUAUGAAGUCCUAAACAGUGACCUGAAUCCUACCAAGAAUUCUUGUCCAGUAAUCAUCCAUGCAAGCGAGUGUAUCAAAUAUGUUGAGACCAAAUACCCUCAUGAAGCAGCUUAUGAUGCCUUCCUUUGUGGAUCAGUUCUCUUGAAGGUGGCCCACUUACUGCUACAUAGAUCAACUGGGGGCGUGAGACUGGAGCCCACGUUCCCUCAGUAUCUUGGGGUUCUGGCCCCUUAUGUGAACCAGGUGAACCUUAUCCGAGCUUGUAUCUCUAAAAUCAAUUUCUCUGGCCCAGAUUCCCCCAGCAGCCGACCACCCACCCUGAUUCUCAAAGUGAAGAGAUGGCCUGGGGUAGAUGAAGAACAGAUUUAUUAUGAAUUCAAGGAUCUCUGCAAAUUUGAUGUCCGGCGAUUCACCAGGAACCAGUUUCUGCUUAUGACCAACAAGUUUAAGGAAAACGCCUCAGGUGAGUUCAGCAUUCUAUGAAAAUCCUCAUUACUUUGAUCAAGGAACAGAGACUGAUCACAAGAGGAAAAAAAACAGCUGAAAAAUAGCCUUCAGACGGGUUUGAUCAAAGGAAACCACAGCAUAUUGAUUGUUCAUGCUAUUCUCUAGGCCUCCAAAAAUCAGUGGGAACAAAGGGAAUGUCAGCAUGCCCUCUCAGGGGCGCCCCUGUUCAAAUCCAGCAGCCCUUCAGAGAAGGCUUCCUGCCCAGAAGGCCGUGAGGGGACCUGCUUACCCCUUCUUAGUUGCCCGCACAGUGAAGCUUUCUGCUGCUGCAGAGGCUGGACAGCUAUGGCCCACCAGCCAGCGGGCCCAUUGCUGCUUGUUCAAGAAUGAACGUUUUACAUUUUAACAUACAGAAACACUUUAUUUUAAAAUGUAAAAAACCAGUCUUGGCUCCAGGGGUCAGUAUAGCCCAGGCUGUGGGCGCAUGCCUCUGGGAGGCGGGAGCUCCAACCUGGAGGAUGGGAAAUGACCCACUUCCUUUUCUGUAAGUUCUUGAGGGCAAGGGCGGGCCUUUGCCCCUUCCCCCGUACUGCAGUUGCAGGCUAACCCUAGGGUGAUGGUGCCCAGUGGUUUUUCCUGAUUAUAAUCUUGCCUCGAUUAAAGACUCAUAAUUAUAACCAAAAAAGUUGACUAGAUCUGUCUCCUUAAGAGUGUUUAGUAACGAGGGAACCUAUCGAUGCUUGUUCAGUGGAUAAGUGGUGCGUUUCCUUACCUUUGUGCUUGUCUCCACCUGUAGAUCAUUAGUUUGUCAGCAAGGUCUUUUCAGGGUAUAGCAGAGAGUAUUAGAUUGGAGUCAUGCAGGGCAACUCAUUUAAUCAUCUCUCUGGGCUGUGGUGUUUUCAAAUGUGGCUCAGUGGAUAGGAAGCCAGGUCUAGGGAGGAGACCUGAGGUUUGGGUUUAAAUCUGGUUCAAUUACUUCCUAGCUGUGAGACCCUGGCGAAGUCACUUACCCCAGCACUGAUUUUCUGCCUGGGAACCAAUACUUACCAUGGUUUCUAAGAUGGAAAGUAAAGGUUUAAAAAACCCUCCCAAAGCCUGAAGAGAUUGGACUAGAUGAUGUCAGAUGGCCUUCCAACUCCAGGUCUCUGAUUUUAUGAUCUUUUCAUGUACUUUUUUGGAUUUUAUUUUAUUUUUAACAUUUUCCCAUGGUUACAUGAUUCUUGUUGCCUCCCCUUUUUCUUCCCCCCUCUUGGAGCUGACAAGCAAUUCCACUGGGUUAGACAUAUAUUCUCCCUCAACUUUUAUUAAUGUACUUUUUAGCUGACUUGAUUCUCCAUUAGAGAACGUCAGUGAGUCUUUUGUGAGCUUGGGAGUGAGAAUGGUGCACAAUAAGGGAACAAGACAGUAAUCCUCCGUGAUUUGUCAAGAGACAAAGAGCUCUCUUCAGAAUCUAGACCCUACCAAAAUCCUUCCACUUGAGCUGUCUUCUGCCCUUGAGUACUUUGACCUCCGACCCAGCAUUUCUCAAGCCGGGGGCCUGGAGUGUUCCCACCAUCCCUUGUCUGCCUGUUUCUGCUUUCCUGCUGAAAGAUACUAGAGGAUGGUCCCUGCGCCUCCCCCACCCCCGCCCCCCAUGUUAUCUUCGCCCAAGGGCUGAGGCAUGAUCCAGGAUGCUACCCUCUCCGGAGCUGAGAUGGGAGGGGGAGGAGGCCGAGGAACUUGGAAGUCUGGGUUUGGAGGGAAUGUUAGGAUAUAUGUUGAAGUUCUCUACCUUGAGGGAGGAGUUGGGGCAGAAAUCGAGACUGAGCCACACUGAACGCAGGGAGGAAGGGAGAUAACUCAAAAUCUGAAUUGGGUGAUAAAUUUGGAUUGAGCCAACUCAAAAGGAGAAGUUGGAGCCCUUAAGAAAUGCCUUUGGCGCUUUUAAUAGGAAGAAAAAGUGAAUAGAAGUAGUGUCAUAAAUUCCAUCAUAAGACAACUGCUUUUCCUCUUUAUGCUUCAAAUGUUCUUUUUAUUUUUUAAGUUUAUUUUAAAUUUGUACUUAUUUCUCUUUUACCUCCCUUUGUUGAAAAAAAGAAAAGCAAUAUAUUUGUAGCAAAUAUGCAUAGUUAAUUGAAAUAAAAUCACACAUUGACCGUGUCCCCAAACAUGUCUCAUUCUGCAUUUUCAGGCCAUCUCUGAGGAGGUGGAUUAAAUGCUUCAUCAUUGGCUGGAUUUGACCUCAGGCUAAAGUUAAAGUCCAAAUCUCUUAUCUUACAGAUGAAAGAAGUCAGGCCCAGAGAAGCUGAAUAAUUUGCUCCCACAGGAGGCCUGGGUCGGUUGUGACCUAGCUCUCCACGUUGAGAAAUGGAAGUUCUAAUGAAGUCUUAAAGUGGAAAUCUCUCCUGCCCUGGAGCACACACUUCCUGUACAAGGUCUCUGUGCAUCACUUGGGAAAGUGAAUUGUGAAAAGUCAGGGUUCACAGGGCAACACAAGGCAAAACAAAAUUUUUGCUCUAAAUUUAGCUGGAGUUGUUUGGCUCAUGAGUAAAUUUACUUAACCUCAGGCAACCCAAG